AUUACACACCAAAAACUGUGCUUAUUGAUCUAUUAGCAAUGACCUUGAAAAUGGCAUCACCAGAUAUUUGUACUCAGGUACAAUACGCGGAUGCGUAAAAAGAAGUAUGUAAAUAAACAAUUAGAAGAGGCAUUUAACCAGAUGGAAAGGUUUUAUUUUUAACAAUAACAUAUUUUGCAACAGAGCAUUAGUAUAUGUAGCGUAAAUAAAGAGGAAUAACACAAUGUUACUGAUAGAUUUAAGUUGUGUCAUCAUCAAGGUGUUUAAGGAUAUUUAAUGAUGAAAAUGGAAAGGUGUUACGACAGUUGAAGAGGGAGGAAAUAAUAUUUGAAAAUAAACUGUUGUAGAUAGAUUCUCCAUAAAUAAAGACAAAGAGAUAAAACAGUACAGAACUUUAUGGCAUUAAAAUGAUCAGUUCAAAUUGUCACUCUUCUCAACAUGAGUACAAACAGCAAGUGCACAAAGCUGGAAAUACUCUAGAAUUAACGAGAAAAAAGAAUAUAAAUGGACAGAGGAUAGAUAAAAAGAAAGAAGAUAAAAUUCUCAGUAUACUGAAGAAAAACUGUGGCGAUAUGAUCAAUUUAGAAGAAAAAGUUAAACUUGCUUUAGAAGAGAACGUCAGUUUAAAGUCAUACAUAGAACGUAUGAAUAGUGAGUGUAUGGAACUGAAUGCAGCUUUGUUCGAAGAAGCUAAUAAAAUGGUUAAUGAAGCCUUAGCUAAACAACAUUAUGCUGCUAAACAAUUGAAAGAAAAGACACAAGAGAAUGAGAUACUUCAUUCUGAACUGAGGGCAUUAAAGAAACUAGUCGGUGAACUGUCAUCUAAUAUGGUUUAUCAAGUAAAAAAAAACUCUUUCAGUCCUUCAAAACUAAAAUAUAAUAAUAUUGCUUGUGAUAAAUCACCUGAAGUCUAUCGUAAAUUGGCCACGUCUCAUAUAUUGGAUGCAAGACAGAGUUCUUAUAAAAGUAGUGGACUGGAGCAAUUCAGUCGACGUGAUCUGUUAACAGCAAUGCUUACAAAUCAUGCCUGCAGAAAUCACUUAGAUUUUGAUGCAUUUCAAGAAUUUUUAGAAUGGAUACAAGAUGACUGUUCAUUGAAUUUACCGAAUACAGUGUUUAUAGAGUUGAAUGAACAGUUAUGCACCAAUGCAAAGAAUGAAAACGAUGUCAAAGAAAUAAAUACUGAAAAGGGUGACGAUAUACAAAAAUCUGGUCUACUGAAUGAUAGUUAUAAUCCAAAUGAAAGUAAUUAUCUGAGUGUACCCAAGAAUGAAGUAUGUACUGAUUUAUCAAAUAGCUGUGCUUUCAACAAUACAGUAGAUCAUUCCAAAGAAGAUGUUAUGAAGAAUAAAAAUACUUUUUCACAAACUUCACCAGUGUCUACACGUACACAACCGAAAAUAAAAAUAAUUAAUGUUAAAAGAACAAUUCCUGUUGAUCAAAAGGAUAAAGACCAUGAAUACUCCUCGCUGAAUGCUUCAUUAAUCCAUAAGGAUGGUAAUAUCGUUGAGAAGAAUACUGAUGGUGAUAAUAAUAGCAAGGCAGGUGGUAAUUUGCAGCAUUUACCAAUACCUAGCGUAUCACCCCAUUCCUCUGUAUGUGUUAGUCAUUCAAGUGAUUCAAACUGUCAGCUGAAUACCAAACUCAACUUUAUUCAUCGUCUUUAUAUACAAGAUAUAAAACCAUGUUUUGAGUUUUCUAGUCCAAGUCUACUCCUAUCAAUCUAUCGAGCACUACCUGAACUAGCAUUAGAGAUUAUACCGAUAGCACAGGAACUCAGUGGUAGUCUACAUGGUAGUAAUGACAAUACUAAUAAUAAUGGGAUAAUGACGACACAAGUGACCAGAGGACGCUGUGUACUACUGCCGAAAUAUGAAGCAGAAUUCAGUAUGCGAAUAAGAGCAUCUGAUUCCGAUGAACUGGACUGUAAUAUAUCUUCACAAGCACGUGACAGAAUUGUUGCAGUUGUAAAUCUUUUCCAAUAUUUGAGUAUCAUUAAACGUGGUUUAGCAAAUAGUCCAUUAAGUGGGGAAAAUGGAAAAACUCAGCAAUUUGAUCAAAUUAAUGAAGAUAAUAAUGCAAAUGAAAAUGAAGCUAUAAAUGUCCAAUAUCAACAAAAUGGGUCUUCAAAUCUACACUUAAAUGGAUCAAAGCGAACUAUUUCUAUUAAAGCUGAAGUGAGAGAACAACAAUUUCGUGCAAUACAACGACAUAGAUUAAAUAUCACAUUAGCUAGACUAGGUUAUGGUGCUCCAGAUUUAGAAUAGAAAGCAGUAAUCGUAUUCAUUGAGAUCGUCUGUUGAUGCUUAGAGAAGUCUUCUUUCCUGAUUUUUCUUUGUUUGUUCCACUUAUCUACUAAAACACUUUCUGAUUCACUCUUUAAAAGAUCAGCCAAUCAAAGACGUUAGUGAUAGUGUGUACGAACAGGUGUGUGUAUAAAUACAACGGAAUUUUCCCGAAAAUGAUAUUUCUCAAUCAAAGGAACCGAAAAAAUUACGUACCAUCUGCAUGUUUUGUAUUUACCUGUGUUUUUUCAAUAACAUUUGGAUUUCAUCUUCCUGUCUACCUCCCUUCUACGAUUAUUAUGUAUUUUCCUACAUAUAUGUGAAUAAACGGGAAUUCGAUUACGUAACAGUGGUCUUGAAUGUACAAAAGAAAUAUUUUAAUUGCUUAUUUUAUUCCAUCCAGUAAACAUGUUUCUUAAACGCUUACAUACUGCUGAAUAUACUCAAAAUCUUUGUCCACUCCCACAGCAUUCCUUGAUACAACAGCCUUUGCAGAAGUAUGAUAUUUUAAAUUAAAAGAAGGGGACUGUUAUGUAAUAAAUGAGAUGAUGUGAUUAAAAAUUUCUAAAUAAAAUCCAGAUGAAUAGACUAUCAACACUACGGUCUGCAUUUUUUGGUUUAUAUUCAUACUACUCGUGAGUAACUGAAGUGAUAUAUGGAAUUUAUUUCAUUCUAGUACUCAGGAAGAUAGUGAGUGUAAAAAAUACUGAAUAUCCAUCGUAGAAUAAUACCUUCGUUUCAGGAUGUUUUGAAGCUAUCCUCAAAAUUUUGGAUGCCAUACCCUUGCAAUCAUUUCUCAAAUUUUUAUUUUUCAUACAUUCCAAUUUAUAAGUGGAUAUUUUUUGAUUUGUUUUGAAAUUUAGUUUUCCAGGUUAGUGUUUUAGUUACUUUUUACGCAGAUAUACAACAUGUGUAACUGAAAAGUGAAUACCACUUUCAAAAGAAAACAAAAACUAGAAGUUUAGAUGUAGUGG